AUGAUCGAUGUCGAUUCAGGCUUUGCCCCCCCGUUUUGGCAGCAGUGCGUGGGGACGGUAACGGUGAUGCGCAAGGACUUCAAGCCACUGACGGCCCAAGCCAUAGAGACCAUCUGGAUGUAUCACUCCUAUGUGCUUGAUAACUUCGGCGAGACUCCUGAUUUCAAACCAAGGAAGUUCAUCACGCCUACGGGUUUUCGCAGAUAUUGUGAGGAGUACAAAAAGGAGGUCAAUGGAUAUGGAACGCGAGAUGAUUUUCGAGAUGUCGUGUUGCCCUUCUGA